AUGAGUUUUAAAGGUUUUACGAAAGCAAUAACGAGAGCACCUCAAAACUUCCGUCAGAAGUUCAAGAUGGGAGAGCAAACCGUGGAUCCUGUAUAUGAGGAUGCAGAAAGACGGUUCAAAGAACUUGAAGAUGAAACCAAAAAGUUAAGUGAAGAGUCUAAAAGAUACUCGACAGCUGUGAAUGGGAUGUUGACUCAUCAGAUUGGCUUUGCUAAAGCCAUGGAAGAAGUGUUUAAACCUAUUUCAGGGAAAAUGAGUGAUCCUAAUGCUAGUGUUCCUGAGGAUAACCCAGACGGUAUUGAAGCUAGUGAACAAUACAGAGAUGUGGUGGCAGAGUUACAAGAGACUUUGAAACCUGAUUUGAAGUUAAUCGAAGAGAAGAUUGUCAAACCAUGUCAAGAAUUAUUGAAGAUUAUCGGGUAUAUUAGAAAAAUGGCCACUAAAAGAAACCAUAAGAAAUUAGAUCUUGAUAGACGUUUGAAUAAUUACCACAAAUACGAGAAGAAAGACGAACCUACCGCUAAGGAUGAAGAAAGAAUGUAUAAGGCCGAGGCUGAAAUGCAAGUAGCACAACAAGAAUAUGAUUAUUAUAACGAAAUGAUGAAGACUCAAUUGCCCGUAUUGUUUGGUCUAGAAGCUCAAUUUGUUCAACCAUUGUUUGUUUCAUUCUAUUACAUGCAAUUGAAUAUUUUUUACACUUUAUACAAUAAAUUCCAAGAUAUGAAGAUUCCAUAUUUUGAUUUAACUAGUGACAUUAUCGAAGCAUUCACCUUGAAGCGUGGUAAUGUUGAAGAACAAGCUGAUUCGUUGACCAUCACACAUUUCAAAAUUGGUUAUUCAAAGGCGAAAUUAGAGAUGACUAGAAAAAGAUAUGGCGCAGGUGGUGAUGACAGUGUUCCACCUGGAUCUCCAGUUGCAGGACAACCAGGUGCUUACGGAGCAGCAACAGGGAUGGCUGCUCAACCUGGUGUAUAUGAUCCAAACACAACAGCCAUGGCUACCCAACCUGGUGCCUACGGAGCCGGUGCCACAGUGGCUCAACCCGGUGCAUACGGUGCUUAUGAUGACAAAGCUGCAAUGGCUCAACAAGCAUAUGGUGCAACACCUGCUGCUGCUGCUCCACCAGCAUACGGUGCUAUGGCGGGUGCUAUACCAGGUGCCCCUGUUGCUGCUGCUGUAGCCACCCCGACUAUGGCAGGCGCUGAGACUUGCACAGCCUUGUACGAUUACCAAGCUCAAGCACAAGGUGACUUGAGUUUCCCGGCAGGUGCAGUAAUAACGGUUGUACAACGUACAGCCGACGCCAACGAAUGGUGGACCGGCUCUUACAACGGUCAACAAGGUGUAUUCCCUGGGAAUUACGUCCAAAUCAACCAGUAG